UCCAGCCAUGAUCGAAGACAAAGGCCACCGAGUGACGGACUACUUUGUAGUCGCAGGACUCACGGACAAGUCCACACCUCUAGACCAGGAGAUCAGCCUCUCGGAUACCAAGUCUAGCGGCCCCAAGGCCCCCAUAACAGACAUCUCAGUCAUCAACAAAUCGGCAGGAGAAACAGUGCCUGAGGGCUUCACUUGCAUCGAAACCACAUACACGGGACAGCCGGCUAACCUGAACCAUGGCAGCCUCAAGAGCCCGGAGUUAUUUCUGUGUUACAAGAGGAUACGGGAUAAAGCACCACUGAUUGAUAUUGGGGUUUUGUAUGAGGGGAAGGAGAGGCUAAUCCAAGGCUGCGAGGUGAUCCAGGCCACACCCUACGGACGCUGUGCCAAUGUCAACAACAGCUCGGCCAACUCCCAGCGCAUCUUUAUCACCUUUCGGAGGACACCGUUAAUAAGGCCUCAGAACUCUCUGGCAGUCACUGAUAUCUGCGUGAUUAUUGCCAGCAAGGGAGAGACCCCACCACACACUUUCUGCAAAGUUGAUAAGAACUUAAACUGUGGGAUGUGGGGUUCCAGCGUAUAUAUUUGUUACAAGAAGUCGGUCUCUGCUUCCAAUUCAAUAGCAUACAAGGCUGGUUUGAUCUUCAGGUAUCCAGAAGAAGACUAUGAAUCAUUCCCUCUGUCAGAAUCGGUCCCCCUAUUCUGCCUUCCAAUGGGAGCUACCAUAGAGUGCUGGGCUCCUAACACCAGAUAUCCACUGCCAGUCUUCUCAACAUUCGUCUUAACAGUAUCUUCUGGGGAAAAGGUGUAUGGUGCUGCUAUUCAGUUCUAUGAGCCUUACCCCAUGGAGAUGCUGACGGAGAAGCAGAAACAGCAGCUGGGCCUCAUCACUGCGGUGGAAAAGAAGAUAAUCCCCAACAAGCGUGUCAACACCAACAAGUGCAUCUGUCUGCUCUCGCACUGGCCCUUCUUUGAGUCCUUCCGCAAGUUCCUCAUGUUCCUCUACAAGCUGUCUGUCUCUGGACCUCACCCUCUUCCCAUUGAAAAGCACAUCUCCCACUUUAUGCACAGCCUUCCUUUCCCUUCACCGCAGAGACCAAGAAUCCUAGUUCAGCUCUCUGCCCAUGAUGCCUUGAUACUUUCUCAGCCUGUUUGCACACCUUUACCACUAAGUGGGGCAAAUUUUAGCACUUUGCUAAUGAACCUUGGUCCAGAAAACUGUGCCACCUUACUGCUGUUUGUCCUGCUGGAGAGUAAAAUUCUGCUUCACUCACUGAGACCUGCUGUACUGACUGGAGUAGCAGAAGCUGUGGUAGCAAUGAUCUUCCCUUUCCAAUGGCAAUGUCCCUAUAUCCCUCUCUGUCCCCUGGCUCUCUCUGGGGUCCUCAGUGCGCCUUGUCCGUUUGUUAUUGGAGUGGACUCCAGAUAUUUUGACCUCUAUGAUCCACCUCCAGAUGUGGUCUGUGUGGAUCUGGACACAAACACGAUCUACUUAUCGGAUGACAAGAAGCAUUAUACCUGGAAACACCUCCCAAAGAAACCCAGCAAAAGUCUCCUCAACUCCCUGACUAACCUGCAUCACCAGCUGGCAACAGGUACCGUUAUAUGUGAUUAGAGGAGGAUUCAGACU